AAAUGGUACCCUUUUCAUGGACUUUUGGGGUUUAUUUGGGCCAACGACGAGAAUGGGAAAGGAUACGCUUUAGGGGUGUUUUAGGGGUGGAUUUGUACCUUAAUCUAAAUGAUAAAGGAUGCCCACACAAUAUGAAUUUUUUCCUAUGAACACCGGAUAUGAGCUAAAGGAAGAGGAGGACAGAUGAAUUACACGGAAUAUAACAAAGAGCACAAGAAACAAGCUCACCUGACAGGCUCCGGGCAUCUUCUUCGAUCAUUAUACAUAUAUAGGAGUUUGACUCGGCUACUACAUCUAGAUGGAUAAUUGUUGACUUAGCUAUUACCAUCAUCCUGUAUUCAAUUCCUCCUGCAUUCCUAUGAACUAAAGUCAGUCCACGCAUACGACUCAAAGUCGCAUUUCAGACAUUAAACAAAACCAAACUCUCGUAACCAAUUCCCCUCUCAGGCUCAGCCAAACAAGAAUAAUGAAUCUCCUCCUCAUGCUCGUGAGCCUCAUAGUAUUCAGAAUCCCGGGUAGGGUGUGCCAAAGUGAUUACGAAAUCUGCAGGCAGCCAUUUCAGUGUGGAGACGAAACAGAUAUCCCGUAUCCAUUCUACGGGGGAGACCGCCCAGUUUCGUGCGGCUUUCCGGGGUUCGAGAUGAGCUGCCAAGAGGGCGUUCCCCUCAUUAACACCUCACAGAUAAUCUACCGCGUCCGUCAUAUCAACAACCAGAAGCAGACCCUCACCGUCGCCAGAAACGACCUAUGGAUCAACACUUGUUCUCCACAACUCUUCAACACAUCUGUAAAUCCCACCUUCUACACUCUUUACUCGGCCGCUAAUGAUCAGGAGAUCACUCUGGUCUACGGUUGCAGUGGUCAGACACAACUCCCACAGCCCAAUCAGUUCGAUUGCAAUGGCAACGGAGAAAUAAAUGGUUUGGCUUACUUCACCACAAUAGCCCUACCCCUGCUGCCGAAUAUUAGUAUCACAUGCAACGGCCCUCAAAUUACUGUUCGGCUCGAUCAAACUGAGGCCGCCCGGUUGGCAACAAAUCCCUCCCUUUCUUCAUUGGAGGCAUCUCUUCAAACUGGAUUCUCGAUCCAGUGGUUGGCGGAUAACCAGAACUGCGAGAGCUGCUUGGGAUCCGGUGGAGAGUGCGGCUCCAAUCCAUCAGGAUCGUUUGCUUGCCACUGUGCUAAUGGUACAUCUGAAUCCACUUGCUCAAAUGCCCCCAACCAAAACGAUAAGAAACAAAACCGCAGAACAAUUAUUGUCACAACAGUUGUUUUGGGGAGUAUACUUGUUGCUCUGUGUGCAUACUUUCUGCUGAAACUGUUGUUCAAAUACAGAGCAAGGAAGCAUAGAAGUAGAUUGCUAUUCUUCAACACCAAGGAAAUUGAUACUGGAUAUUCUGAAGAAAGGGCAUUCAAACAUGAUACACAUGCAGUUCAACUUGAGGAGUUACCUAUUUUUACAUUUAUGAUGCUUUCAAAUGCAACAGACAAUUUUGAUCGUGCCAAUAAGCUUGGACAGGGUGGCUUUGGUUCUGUUUACAAAGGGAGAUUGCAAAAUGGAGUAGAAAUUGCUGUAAAAAGGCUGGCUAGAUCCUCUAAUCAAGGGGUGGAUGAGUUCAUGAAUGAGGUUGAGGUCAUUUCAAGGCUUCAGCACCGCAAUCUUGUCAGACUUCUUGGUUGCUGUGUGGAGAUUGAAGAAAAAUUGCUUGUUUAUGAAUAUAUGCCCAAUGGAAGCUUGGACGCCUAUCUCUUUGGUUCACUUAAACAUGACUUUCUUGAUUGGCAAAGACGCAAACUAAUUAUUGAGGGGAUUUGUCGAGGCCUGCUUUACCUACAUCGCGAUUCAAGGUUAAAGAUUAUUCACAGAGAUCUCAAGCCAAGUAAUAUCUUGUUGGAUGAGGAGUUGAACCCUAAAAUCUCCGACUUUGGUAUGGCAAGGAUUUUUGGUGGCAAGGAUGAUGAAGCCAAUACAACAAGGGUUGUUGGGACAUUUGGCUAUAUGUCCCCGGAAUAUGCACAUCGUGGAAUAUUCUCUGAAAAAUCUGAUGUCUAUAGCUUUGGCGUCCUAUUAAUAGAAAUUGUGAGUGGAAAGAAGAAUUCCAGUUUUUAUGAUGAAGAUCAACAACUCUUCCUUACAGCUUGUGCUUGGAAGUUGUGGAAUGAAGGAAGGAUAGUAAAGUUGAUAGAUCCUGCAAUAUAUGAUGGUAGAAUGGAAGAUGAUAUAUUGAGAUAUGCAAACGUAGGUCUGCUAUGUGUGCAAGAAAUGGCAGCAGAUAGGCCUAAUGCGUCUACAGUGUUGUCGAUGCUUAGCCGUGAGAUCGUAGAGCUGCCUCACCCAAAGCAGCCGGCAUUUCUCGGGAUGCAAAGCUUUCAAUCCAUAGAGUCCUCUUCAAGUAAAUGUUCAGUCAACGGUGUCACUUUUUCUACUGUUGAUCAAGGAAGGUGAAUCUGAGAAUGAAAGUAUUUUCAGAGUCACACUUUCCUUCUUCGUCUUCGCCCCAGUGGGUGCUGCCUUGCUUCUUCGUCGUUGUCGUGAGUGAGGUCAGAGAAAUCGAUUUGAGUAGGAAUCGUUGUCGCGAAUAGUGAUUUGGGGAAAAGUUGGCCUACGGAUGCGACUUCGUCUUCAGUUUGUUUUCCUAAAUUUCAAUUUGUUUUGUGACUUGGAAAAACACGUCUUUCAACUUUUUGGUCAAAUUUCAUUACGUGUUUCAAAAUAAAAAUUGCAAGUGUUGUUUGUUUAA